AUGGCAUCGGCAGCAGAGGCCAGGGCCAUCAUAGAAGACAUCUGGCGGGAGAUGACCUUGGAUGGGCCGGUCGACGACAAGAAUCCCACGCUCGUCCUCUCAAUGCUCAAAAGGGCGCUCGAGGUGCUGUCCAAAGACCUCUACAAUGAAACAACCCAUUUCAUUCUAGAGCUAAUCCAAAAUGCGGACGACAAUGGGUACAGACUCGGAAACCCUGCCGAACAGCCAACCAUAAACUUCACGUACAAGAAAGGCGUCCUCAGGGUCGACUGUAAUGAGGUCGGCUUCUCGGAGCAGAAUGUUAGGGCCAUCUGCGACAUUGGCAAGAGCACCAAGGCCGGCAUCGGCCAUUCGACCCGCUACAUCGGCGAGAAGGGGAUCGGGUUCAAGUCCGUCUUUCAAGCGCCCAUCUGGACAACCUUCCCCGAGCCGCGCCUUGACGGCUUCACGUCUUUCCUCCUGCAGCUGUCAGAGGAUUGCGACGAGGACAACCUUGUGAAUGAGCUCACGAAACUAGACCCCCGCAUGCUGAUCUUCCUUCGACAGCUGCGCGAGAUUAACGUUACCGUCAUGAGGAAGGACGGCAAGAUAUGGCAGCGGAAGCUUCUGAGGACAGACGCUGAGGAAAAUGGCGUCCAGAUCACAACCUUAUACGAGAACACCUCGCACAGCAAUGGCAAGGAACGGCAGUACUACGUCACAAAGCAUCCUGUCAACCGCCUCCCUAAAGAGUCGAAACGCCCGCAAUGCUCCGAAUCCGAGAUCCUCCUAGCCUUCCCAGUGGCCGACUUCAACAAGGGACCAAUACAAGAGACUCAGAGCGUUUAUGCGUUCCUGCCCAUCAGAAGCUAUGGUUUCCAGUUUCUACUGCAAGGCGAUUUUCUUCUCACGGCUAGCCGUGGGGAUAUCGACACUAGCUCUCCCUGGAAUCGUGCCCUCCGUGAUGCCUCGGCCAACGCGUUCGUACAGUCGAUUGUGCGGCUCAACUGGGGACCUCUCAAGUAUUUCUGGCCGCACUACCUUCCUGUUGGUAAUGUCUCUUACUUCGAGCCGAUGAGGGAAGAAAUAUUCCGACAAUUGGCGGGAAAGAGGCUGUUGGAGACCUGUGAGAAAACCCUGGCUGACCCAUUGUCGCUGAGUCACGUACCUCUCAACUAUUUUGCUGGCAUCGACGACAAACCUGGCAAGCCUUUCACGCUCUGCUCGCACACCGCUUCUCAGUACCUCUCGCUUCAUUAUCCAGAUUGGGCAAGGGAGAUGCUGUGUGCCCUAGGCAUCAAGAAAUUGUCUCCCGAGGGCUUCCUUAAACAUCUUCAGCUUAUGAUAUCUGACGAACCCGCCAAAUUCCGAGGCAAACCCCAGUCGUGGCACUCACAACUUGCCAAAUGCCUACACAAGCUGGCACUUGAGAAAGGAUACAAAGAGCGCAUACUCGACCUGGAGAUCAUCCCACUGCGAAAAGAGCGGCCUUUGCAAGAUGCUUCCAAGUGGGUCUCUGCUCGAGGCCGCAAAAUCUUCUUAGGAGGUUCCGGUGACCUCACAAUACCCAACGGUGUCGAGGUGGACAUUGUGCACAAAAAGGCCGAAGAAGAUGACAAUCGCCGCAACAUGUUCAAGUAUCUAGGUGUGAAAGCGUGUGACGCAGCCGAAAUAAGCCAUAAGAUUAUUGAAAUGCACAGUGAGAAGGGGUUCCCAACGCGAAACCUCAAUGUCCAGCAGCUGCUUCAGCAUGCGCUGUUUGUCUUGAAUUCGCCAUGGCGCCCCCCGCAGGACCAAUAUGUUCCAUUCUGGUUUGCCACAGCCGGAAAGGGAGAAAAGCUCUACCUGGGCACCGAAGUCUACAUUCGCAUGUCCUUCGAAAAAGAGCCAUCCACUACUCGAGUAAUGGCCGAGCUUGAGAAGUCAUGUCCUUUCAUCCACCCCAACUACCAUCGCGAUGGUCCAGACGAUAAGAAGUGGUUGCCAUUUCUUUGCGCCUCCUUCGGCCUUGCGACCUUGCCUCGACUUGUAGCUACGCUUUCGGAUGACCACUUCAGACUCUCUGAGGAUAUGAAGGCCACCUUCCAGAAAUGCAAAUCGGCCGACGUUCUUGAGCUUCUUCGGGAUAAUUGGGACUACUAUGCCACUUGGGUUGAAGACGAUAGGCCCAGGAAGGACACAAAUACACGUAAGGCUUCGAAGCUAGCUGUGAGGUCGGCUUUGGGCGCUUUAAUCGUGGAGUCUCAGGCCGGCUUCGUGCCUCUGAGAGGGACAAUUCUUCCCACAGUUGACCAAGUCGUGGAUGAAAUCGCCUGCGUUCGGACUCUCAAAGUCAGGGAUCCUAAAAAUGAACGAUGGCAGUGCCUGAGACACUUCGGAGUCGCUAUCAAAAAUGAUGUGCACUAUUACCUCGCCUGCCUGGAGCACAUGGCAGGCUUGACCACCAUUGCACAGCACAAGGUCGCUCAUGUGUACGAACGAAUCGAACGCGAGUAUCGAGAGGGCCAUGAAACCAUAAUAUGGGAGACUUUCCGGGAGAAGAACCUCAUAUAUACAACCUGUGGAUCGACGGCGCCCGUCCCGACGUGGCGCUGGGUCAGCAUGGAUGAAUGCAUAGCCAAACAGCUUAGCGUGGAAACAGAAUAUCCGGAAUGCAAAAUCCUAUUCCGAGCCCUCUUAGCGAGCGGCCCCGGCGGACUACAGUCACUCAUAGCGGCUAUGUUGAUGACCAAACGCUCGACCAAAUUAAGCCUAGUAUCAGGGGCCUUCAUCAAAAUGAGUCAGGCAAUGGAGGCGAUGAGCAAUGUGAAGGCCGCCAAAAUCGGCAAGAAAUUCGGAGACAAGCCCAUAUUUCCGAUACGCGAGCGUAAAGAAAGUGAAGGCUUCGAUUCAUUGAAAGCUAUCGGAAACAGCGACAGCUGGUUUGUUGCCGAUGUUGACCACUUGGCGGAGAGUUUUGUCGGCAGAGCGGACCUCCUAGCAUUUCCGAUGACUGAUCUCCAUUCGAUGAGCAGCCUGCUAAUGGCCCUAAACAUCCAGUCACGUAAGCUUUCACAGCGCGUCAUGAGCAAAUCUACUCCUAGAGGCAACACCAAAACGGACUGGAUUCAAACAGAUUUCCUGCAGGCUAGAUCUCCUUUCAUCAUCAGCCUAAUCCCUAAAUCGAAUCCCAAUCGAGAGGCCAUCUCCCUCCAACUACAGGAAGUCACGGUCAAGAGUGCCGAUAAGAUUGUGCAAGAGCACACUUUAAAGGCAGAUAACGGUGACACAUAUUCUGGGCGUGAAAGCAUCGGCGAGGUCGCCACAUCCUGGACUACGGAGAGCCUACACAUAUUCAUGACCGCAAGUGACAUCUCUGAAUGGGAGACCCCGCUUGAUCUGGUGGACGAGAUCGAGAAACACUGCUGUAUCCCCGAACGACACCGGAGCCUCCUCCAGAAGGCGCUAGGCAAUACAAGUCUUAUCAAAUUGCGGUCUGACUUCAAAAAGAGGGGAAUACCCGUGGAUGAGCUUGAGACCGAAAAUUUCACUAGUCCCAGCAAUCCGAAAUCAAAAUAUGCCUCACUGUCGGGGGACGUACCAAUGGCGGGAUCUUUGCUCACAGAUGUAGAUGACGAAGACCGCAAAGGUUCUUUCCUUGACGGGCUUCCGCAUAGCUACCGUCGAAUUUUAACCAGCAUUGAAAGACACGGAGCUACAGAUCUAAGAGACCCCAAUCCAAGCAGGCGUCUACCAUUCAUGGACUUCACCAACGGUCAAAGACUAGAUUCUCGGGACGGCGUCGGGGACAUUGCCGAAGAUUUCACUUCUGAACUUAUUCAGAAGGCCAUUGGUUCUCACUACAAACCUGAGAUCCAUUGGACGAGCCAGCUGGGACAGAGAGCGGGUUACAGGCCAUUCAAGGGGAACAUGAUCACUUCCUCUUCUUUCACGAUCUCAGAUCAACCGGCCUCGCAGAAGAUGGUAAAAUACCUAACUGAGAUGGGGUUCUGGGCCGCCGCAAGCUGGAAUAUGACGAAAAAGGACAAGGUUGCCGCCUCGACGUUCCAUUUCGAUGUCGUUGUGACUCCUGGAGACGAACAGUCGGAAUUUUCCUGGACAACCUCGCAGUUUGAUAGGAUGCGCCUCCUUCGGAUUGAUACUAAGUCGAAAAACACUCCCAAGGAUGUUCUAGUCCUCGUAAGGAUCUGCAACGCUUAUAUUAAGCCGCGCUUCCACCUUUUCGUGGACCCUUGGCAUCUUUGCACAUCCGAUCGCCUAGCUCUCCCCAAACUGUGGGGCUUGACCGCGCAUAUAAAAGACCAACUGCCGCCACCCCCCUUAAGCGUAGAACCUCGUAAACCUCAACGAUCAGCAAGUCCGCCAACUGAAUUCCCUCUGUUCACGUCGAAUGGGCUCUCAUCAAGAUGGCAAAGGCCGGCUAACAGGGCCCAGCAGGGCAUGGAGUUGCCAAACUGGACUUGGCGAAACGCCCCUCCAACGACUUCUUUACAUGUUCAGCCGAGUCCCUGGGCGCAUCCACUGUCUCCAUACUCACCGUCACCAUACUACCAGCCUCCGACUUCUUUUGGCGGACCGCUACAUCACCAUCAACCGUCAACCUCGCAUCUACCACUAGAUCGAGAUCAUCCGUCAAUCCAUUGGGGACCACAUCCUUGUUUGGGAUCGUCGCAAUUACCAAAACGCCCACAAUGGGCAUCCGCUACUGGGUAUGCGCCCGGAUUUGAGGUAGGGCUUCCUUUCAACCAUCCAGUCCAAGAGACUGGAUCGGUCGACUUCGUAUGGCAAGAGCGAAGGCAUUAUCCAAAUCUAGAUAGGACCUCGCACGAGGCACAAUCUUCGCCUCAUGUUUUCAGCAACCCGAACAAUCCUAGUCCACCCUAUCCACCUCAAAAGGAGUUGGAAUCCACAUCGAAUGAAGCUUAUUUCACGAAGCCACUAGAAGUCUCCAGUCCCUCCGAACAGUCGAUAUCUCCCCAGCGUUAUCAAUACAAAACGUUGCUCAAAGGCCAAAUUCGACUCAUGACUCUCUUUCCAGGCUCCAGGGGUUCCGACCUCAGAGGGAUAGUUUAUCAUGCUCUGCUCAAUGACCCUGGCAACAACAGGGCACUGUCUUACACUUGGGGGACAGACACCGGGAAUGAUACCAUGUGGACUCCUGGCGGUAUACUGCAACUGACGCCAUCCUUACAUGCCGCGCUUAAUUGCGUCCGGCAUCCGAAAGAGCCGAUGGUUUUGUGGGUCGACGCCCUUUGCAUCAAUCAGGACUCAAAUGAGGAGAAGGAGAAGCAAAUUCGUCUACUCCCUCACAUUUUUCAGCGCUCUACCUGCGUCAUCGCCUUCCUCGGGAGCGAUGACGAUAGCAAUGCAGCAUUGGUGGCCCUCAUGCAAAUACAGGCGGGGGACGAUCCGAUCUGGUUGGCGAUCGGCGCCUUCUUCGAGCGUGCCUGGUUCACGCGAGCUUGGGUAAUUCAAGAAGUUGUUCUAGCCCCUAGCCUUCGGCUUCUCUGCGGUGUGUGGAUCGUGGACUGGAAUGAUCUACACAGCGCUGUUGAAGUGAUUCAGCAAGCAUCCGAUGCUUCAUCCCGCUUUUUCUAUCAACUCCGCCAACAGUGGGCCAACUUCAUCACCCUAGCAGAUCAGCGUGAGCUCGAGGCCAAGAAGACGCGGCUUCCGUUGAUUGAUCUCCUCGAAUAUUUCUGCUACGCCAAGUCCACCCGGCAACGCGAUCACUUCUUCGCCUUGCUGGGACUGGCUAGUGAUGGGCAUCUCUCUGACUACGACCCCGACUACACCUUGGACUUUGAGUCACUCGUCCGGAAGUACGCAUGUUUCCUAGCCAAGAAGAACGGUGUGAUGAGACUACUAUACCGGGCGGGAAUCAGAACCCAACCAGGAAGGUUUCCGUCAUGGAUUCCUAAUUGGACUGAGGUCAAGCAGGGCAGCCUCCAUUCGCUAUUAAGUCGAGAAGCAACAUGGGCCGCUUCCAAGAUCUCGAAGCCCAAGUUCGUAUGCGAUCCUAGCCGGGACGAACUGGAAAUUGACGGCAUCCAAGUGGACGAGAUAUUGUUGACUAGCAAUGCUAGCAACGUGUGGGACAAACUCGGAGCGUACUUCGACGAGGUGGACUCGAUGGUCAGCUCGCUUUCACGCUAUACCAGUGCUGUUAAGGCGGACUUGCAGUGGAAAAUCCCCGUAGCGAGCAUGUCGCUUCCUAGACUAGUAUCAUCAGCUAAUCUCGACAUGCGAGAGUCGUACCAAGCUCUCAGGGCUUUCCUAGUCAUGGACGCAACGGGAAACAGAACUGCUGCUGAACCACUCAGAGUCAAAGCACAGAACUAUCUUUCUGCCCUGCAGGAGAACUUCACUAGUUGGAAGUUUGUGACUACGCAGAAGGGAUUCGGCGGAAUUGCGCCGCCCGGGGUCCGGGAAGGCGACAUCGUCACCGUCUUUCACGGAGGGGCGGUACCCUUUCUGAUCAGAAAGAGCACUAGGCCGGACGCCUACAACUUGAUUGGAGAAUGCUACAUCCACGACAUGAUGUACGGCGAGGCUGCGGGAAUACCAGACAUCUGGACGGGGUGCAUGCGCAUACAUUAG